AUGAGAUCACUUCCGCCUCCACGCUACUCCAGGUACCGAAGAAUCAAACGGAUUAACCGAUCAGUGUGGAUAUUCAUAACUAAGGGUCGUAUAUCUGAUUCGGAUGCCUUUGUGAAGUUCAGAAAGCCAUACAUUUCCAAAAUCAGACCGUCCAGAGUCACGAAAAGAACCACCGCCAGACCGAAAGUCAGAGAUAGGGUCUCCAGAAGGGUAGUCAAUGGCACCCCUAGCACUGUUGGAUCUUUUGCAAGAACAAUGGCUUGUUUUUCGGGGAUGUUUCCUUUCAGAAGGAGAAAGACAAGGAUGAUGAAGAUGGAUCUUAGGCUUUGA